AUGUGGGGCUCGAACUGGGUGGGCGGGCAGGGAGGGUUUGCAGACCUCACUGCGCAGCUCAAGGGGCGCAUGGAGAGCGCUGGGUUCAAGGAGCAGCUCGACAAGGCGCAGACGGGGCUCAGCAAGUUCGCCAAGGCCGCGGACAACGUCCUGUUUGAAGACGUGGCCUCGGAGGACGGCAGCGAGUCUGAAGAGGACCUCGCUGGCAUCGGCGCGGAGGCCGUCGCCGCGGUGUCCGGCUGGUUCGGGGGGGCCAAGCAGGCGGAGAAACCCGCCGAGCAGAAGCCUGCGCAACAUGACGACGGCUGGAGCGAUGACGGAUGGGGCGUUCCUGAGACGAGCGCCCCGCAGCAGGCUACCAGUGCCUCCCAGGCCCCCACCAGUCGGGAAAACGGCUCUGCGGGCCCCGCCCGCUGUGCCGAUGCCCCCGCGGCCACCACCCCUGUCGCCGCUGACCGCACCGGCGCCAACGCGCGUCGCAGCACCGGCGCGGCACCGGCGCGCACUGACAGCACAGGCGCGCCCAUCAUGGGCGUCAUCGAGGCGGUGCGCACCGGCAAAGCCGGCUCGCGCGAGCCCGACAGCAUCAGCCCCACGGCGUCGAGCGCGGUGGCCCCCGGCGCGGCCCGCAGCGCGAUUCGCGCCCUGUCCGCAACCCCGCCUGAGCCUGCGCGCCGCAGCAGCAGCGACGACGACGGCGAGGCCGCGGCGCUGCGCCAGGAGCUCUCCGGUGCGUGGGCCGCGCUCGACCGCGUCCGCGCGGACCUCCGCACCGCGACGACGCAGCGCGCUGCCGCGGAGGCGCAGGUGCGCGAGGCGCGGGAUGCGGCGGACGCGGCGCGGGCGCGCGGGAACGAGCUGCAGCGGCGCGUCGAUACGCUGGAGCUGCAGGCGACGAUGGCGGCCGGCGCGGAGGAGCGGCUCGCGGCGGAGCAGGCGACGACCGCGCGGCUGCGUGCCAAGGUGGAGGAGUUGCAGGGGGAGUUGAGGCAAGGGUCCGGGGGGGGGUCUGGCGCCGAGGGGGCCGGCCCGGGGCGGAGCGCCGCGGAGUUCGAGGCACUGCGCGGGGAGCUGGAGGAGGCGCGCGCGGAGGCGGAGCGCAGGCGCGGCGAGGUGCUUGCACUGCGGGAGGGCCAGCAGGCGCAGGGGGCGAUGGUGUCGCGGCGACUGAAAGAGGCGCAGGAGCGCGCGGCAGACCUCGAGGCGGAGGCCGCGGCGCACCGGCGCGACGCGGACGAGCUCCGGAGCGAGUGUGCGCGUCUCAGGACGCAGGCCCAGGACGCCGCGGAGGCCCGCGCGGCCGCGGAGCGCACCGCGGAGGCGGAGGCGACGCGCGUGCGCGACCUGGAGGGCGUGGUCCGCGGGCUGGAGGCGCGGCUGGCGGCCGGCGCGGACGAGCUGCACGCGCAGCUCGAGCGCACGCGCGCUGAGGUCGCGGCGGAGGUGGGGCGCGAGGAGCGGCGUUCGGGGUACGCGGAGGGUCAGCAGGUGGCGGAGGCGACAGUGCGGCGGCUGCGCGAGGAGCUGACGGGCGCGACGGCGCGGGCGGAGGAGGCGGAGGCGGCGCGGCGGGAGGCGGAGGACGCGCUGGCGGAGGCGCGGGCCAGCACGGCGGGCGCGUCGGUCCUGCAGGGGCGGUUGACGGCGGCGCUGGAGGAGGCCGCGACGCUCCGGGCGGCCAAGGAGGAGCUGGAGUGGGAGGCGUCGCAGCACCAGCGGCGCGAGAAGGAGCUGGAGCGGCAGGGCGCGGACAAGCAGAAGAAGUUCGCGCACGUGCAGGCCACGUUCCAGGAGCGCGUGGCGGCACUGACGGCGCGCGUGGACGAGCUGGAGGCGGAGCUGCGCGAGGCGCGCGACGGCGCGACGGCGGCGAAGCGCCGCACCGCGGCGCUGCAGGCGAGCAUCGACGACGCGAUGCAGGAGCGCGACGCGCUCGCGCAGCGGCUGGAGCAGGCCAACGCUGCGUGCAAGGAGCUGCAGGGCCGCGUGGCGGCGCUGCAGGAGAGGGAAGGGGCGCUGGAGGGGGCCGUCGCGGCGAUGAAGGCGGACCUCGAGGCGGAGCGGGACGCGCGGGCCGCGGCGGAGGCGGCGGCGGAGCAGCACGCGGCCAACGCGCGGGAUGCCGUGGCGUCGGCCUUGCGCGACGACGCAACGCAGUGGAGCGAACGCGUGAGUGCGGCAGAGGCGGCGCAGAGCAGCCUGCAGGCGGAGGUCGAGGAGCUCCGCGCGCGGUGCGCCGCAGCCGAGGAGGCGAAGAUAGCGCUGACGAUGCGGAUGGCGGAGCUGGCGGACCGGCGCGGCGUCGACGUGGGCCCCGAGGGGGUGCACGUCCCAGAAGGAGGCCCCGGACACGACGACGGGGCGGAGCCGGGCGGGGCCGGGCAUGCCACGCACAGCAGUGCGCAGGCGCUGGCGGCCGCGGAGGCGCGGGCCGCGGACGCGGAGCGGCGCGAGAGGGAGCUGGCGUGGCAGGUCAAGGCGCUGAGCGGGGGCGACGCGGGUGCGCAAGAGGGCGCGGGCAACAGCGGCGGAGGGGGCUGGGUGGGGAGUGCGACGGCAGCAGCGGGGUGGGUCGGCGGCACGGUCGGGAGCGUCGCUGGGGCGCUCAACCCCCUGGGCUGGCGGCGCUGA